AUGACUGAUGUCGCAUCGCCUCGAAACAACCACCCGACUCUAGACCACGACAACAAUAACAAUAACAACGACGCAGCUUCACCGCCGUCAUCAACAAACAGCCUCAUCGGCAAUAAUGAAGCGAUCGGCGCAGAAGCCACCGGCGACAUGCAAGUAGACGCAGCCCCGUCAGCACCGUCAGCGUCAGCGCCGGACAUGGACCAGCUGCAUCACGACGACAUCGACAGCGAGGGCGAGUGUGAGAGUGAGAGUGAAAACGCCGCCGAUCGGGAGACUGUCAGCAUCACCGUGUCGCAUCGAGGCCACAAGUUUCCCUUUGAGAUCGAGGCCGAUCUCACCGUCACCGACUUGUUCCGCGAGAUUGAGAGUGUCCUCGAGAUUCCCUUUGAGAACAUCAAGGUCAUGGUGCCCAAGGGCCCCUUCCUCAAGGCGCCCUUCAAGGAUCCCGAGUAUCAGGUCAAGAACCUCGCUGGAAAGACCGUCACCGUCAUGGGCUCGACCUCUGCCGACGUCCAGGCCGUCCAGGCCAUGUGCCAGAAGCUCAGCAAGAUGAAGGCGGCACGGGAAGCCCAGCGCUCCAAGGCAAAGGCUAAAGGUCCGGCUCGGCGUCGCGGGCUGCAGGCUGCGGAAGACUCCAAAUAUACUUUCUUGCAGGUUCGACCGCUCUCCGGAUUACCGCAUCCCGAGCGCAGUCUCAAGCUGCUGAACCGGCUCAAAGAGGACCCGGGUAUCAAAACAGCUAUGCGAAAGCACAAGUUCACUGUCGCUCUUCUUACGGAGAUGGAGCCGCUGGCGCAUACGGAAACGACACACGAGGGAACAUCGCGCAUUUUGGGUCUCAACCGCAACCAAGGCGAGGUGAUUGAGCUGCGACUACGAACUGACGCCCACGACGGCUAUCGUGACUACAAGACGAUUCGCAAGACGCUCUGUCACGAGCUCACUCACAACGUUCAUGGGCCUCAUGACCGACAGUUUUGGGAUCUCUGCCACCAAAUUGAGCGCGAGGUAGACGCCGCCGACUGGAAGUCUAACGGCCGGACAAUCGGCGAGACAUCUCGAUACCACAUCUCAGGCCAAGACCAAGACGAGGAAGAUGUUCACGAGGACGACGGCGGCUGGACUGGUGGCGAGUUUGUCCUGGGCGGCAGCAAAGCGAGCAGCGCAGGACUCAGUCGGCGAGAGAUUUUGGCGCAGGCCGCGCUGGACAGACAAAGGAAAGAAGAGGUUGAGGAGUGUAAUGCGGAGAAAGGCUGGCGGCCGUGCCAGAGACCGCAGCCGAACAAUGACCGCAACUUGUGA